AUGAAGGGAUUUCUUGCGAUUAUUGUGGUCCUUCUCAGUGCUUGUCAAUUCCAAGCCGAAUUCAUUGAUAAAUGCCUAACCGAAGCAGAAUUCAACGUCGAAAUCAGGAAACAUUCAUGGCAACUAGACGAUCUGAAUUCCAGACGAGAAAAAACCGCUAAGAAGCAUCAAAUUGCAAACAUGCACGAACUGAAAUACGAUCCGAAUCUUGAAAAAGAAGAAAGACAAAUCAAAUCGUGUGAUGACUGGAAGCAUGGCUCUAAUUAUCGCGUUUAUAAUUAUUACAAGAAAGAAGAAAGUAAUGCAAUUUGGCAAGACUUUGUGAAAAGCAGUGCGAAUACGUCUUCAGAUCCUUUUCAAGAAUAUAAUUACCCUCUCCAUACUGCUGUUAUCUCAUGUAACUUAACAACAUCUUGUGUAUUUCCUUUUAUGAUCAAUGAGACAAAAUAUUUGUUUAAAGCAGAAGACAUCCUUUUGUACGGCUAUCGCGGUACAAUCGCAUUGUCUGAUUUCCAAAGCGGCCCGCCUGGAUCAAAGUGUCCCCGUGGAAAGACUGAAAAGGGACUGUGCAUUGCUCCUCCGAGAUAUGUAAUGGAGGAAAAAAAUCCUAGUGGAGAGGGAGCUGGUUCGAAAAAAGAGGCUGAAACUGGAAACGAAGAAACAAAUAAUGCAGCCGUAGCUGCUGUGAAAACUAGCAUAGUGUAUUGUUCACUCACUAUCAUGAUUUUAUUGAAUCGCAUCUGA